AUGCCUCUUGAACUCCAUGGAAGUACUUAUUUAGGUUUUCCAGAGUUUAAUUCUACCAAUAACCCCAAUAGAUUUUCUAGUGGUAGCACAAAUUCUAAUCCUUCAGAUUAUGAAUCAUAUAGUGCACUUGAUGAAACAUCAUCACAAACAUAUAAUAAAGCUUCCCAAUUACUCAGACAUGUUACAAUCAAACAAUUAGAUCAAGCCGAAGUAAGUGAUGAUAAUAGUGUAAUUAAAGUAGAUGGACAUGAAAUUGGAUAUAUUACAUUUAUAGCAGUGAUUACUAGCGUUUCCUCUCGUCUUUCUAAUACUGAAUACAUAAUGGAGGAUGGUACUGGACUGAUUUCUGUGAAGAUUUGGCAAGAUAGUGCUGAUGAAACGAAUGCAAAAAAUGAUGACAUUAAGGAAAAUGCAUAUGUUACUGUAUUUGGAAAUCUAAAAGCUCUUAACAAGGAUCGAUAUGUGUUAGCUUCAAGAAUAAGACCUGUUACUGAUUUCAAUGAAAUCAGUUCUUAUAUUGGUCGUGUUGUCUUUGACCAUUUGUACUUUAUAAAAAAUGUGGGACCUCGCACACUCCUGAAAGAAAAUUAUAAUCAAGGAACUAAUAAUUUUGGUACAAUUUCAAGUUUUAAACCAGAAUCUAGAGAAUCUAGAGAAUCUAGGUCUAGUAAUAUUAGUACACUGGACUUAAAGAAUUCAUUAUACAAAGACAUAAUUGCUUUUGUUACUAACAAUAAGCAUCAUGCUGGAACGAAUAUUAAUCAAAUGGCAAAUGCUUUAUCAAACAAACAUGGAUCUGAUAUGAUUGUUGUAAAUGCUGUUGAACAAAUGUGUUCAGAUGGAUUGCUUUAUAGUACUGUUGAUGAAUUUCAUGUUAAACUUACAACUGAAUAA